AUUUUUUGUUUGUUUGGAGUCCACAGUAGCAGCUCUCGCGAUAUUAUGCUACUGCCAACACUUCCUUUACAGACAAAGACGAGGUGGUGGAAGAGGAUCGGCGACUGACUAAUACAUCUCUUACAAAUGAGAUUUCUGCGUAAAAAGUAAGGAACUGGCGUGUUUCCUCAAGAAAGCCAGCUAACGUUAGAUGGCAGAUUUUAAAGAGAAAGAUAUGGAUUAAAAAAAACGACGAAAUGAUCCGACAGAUUUGCGUAGGGCUGGUUUUGACGCUAUUAAUCAACAUAGAGACACUCUGCUUAAACCCGCCCCAGGAUGUCAGGAUAGUCCGAUCAAAUCUUCAGUGGAAGAGGCCUGCAGACGAUGAUGACAGUGUCCUGUAUUCACUGCAGUAUAAACCUGGCCACAACACAGGUGAUGAAUGGUACAGUGUGACGAGCCAUAACGGGACACAGUUAAGAUUUCAAAUCACUCCUGAGUUUUAUGGAGCAGUAUUUCGAGUGCGCGCAGAGCAAGGAAUCAACGUGUCAGAAUGGCAGUAUUCUGAUUCAGUCAAUUGUGCAAAUGCUAACUUCUGUGUUCCUCUGUUGAAACUGUCUGUGAAACCUGAAAUGGUUUUGGUGACUAUGGCGCAUAUGGACGAGAGCUUAGAAAAAGAAGAUGGAGAGCAUGUCGAAUUUAAUUUAUCAUAUUGGAAAGUGAAUAACGGAGGAUACUUAAAGCCAGAGUCUGUUAUUACAAAAAGCAAGAAUGAACCCAUUUUUCAACUGGAAUCAGGGCAAAAGUACUGUUUCCAGGUUCAGUAUUUGCUCUACGAAAAACCCUAUGGGAACGUAAGCAACCAAAUUUGUGCAAUCAUCCCGGAAACACCUGAAACAAUAAAAAGCCGGCAUUUACUCUUUAGUAUAUUUGCUUCAUUUCUGGUCACGGCCAUGUGUGGAGUCUGCAUUUUUCUGCUUUUUAAACACCACAAAAAGGCCAAACAGUUGUUACAGCCACUUCGCCUGGAAAUUCCUCACCACUAUCAGGAGUUUUUUAGGUCUGGGGAGUUUCCUCUUCAAGCUUGUCCAAGUGGCAGCAGUCAAAGUUUGCGGUCAUAUGACAUGAUCACAGUAAUAGAGUGCAGCAAUUUGAAGCAGAAAGGCCAAGAAGAGGAACAAGAAACAACCAUUUCAACUUAACGGUUGUGCACAUUCUUUUGCAUAUUCUUAGUUUAUUUUAAAUUUUUUGGCAAGUAAUAUACUUUGCACUUUACUAAAAACAAUCAGAUCUCUCCUGUGUAAAUCUAGAUUUUUGUCGAAUUCUGGCAUUCUUAUAUGAGCAAUAGGGUUUGUGUAUAUAAAGUAAAUUAUAACUUGGAGUAGUUUUUUUGUCUUCAUUUAUUUCAGCUAUUUGUGUUCGAUUAGAUGGCAGUGUUCGACAUUUCUAGAUCUAUUAACACUAAAUAUGAAAAUCCUUGUUUGUUGCACCAGUUUUAGGACCAUGUAAUCACUAUCUACAUCUAAUCUGGAUAAGUAUCUAGGAUGGGGAAAGCAAGGGUUGAGCUCAAGUAGAUAAUGAAAUUCCUUCCCAAAAACCAUUUAAAUAUGGUUAAAUAUCCGGAAAUAGCAAAUGACUGUUAAUAAUUUAAUUUGCUUGUCUUUGUUUGGCAUUAUAUUGGCCACUCCAUUCUAUCUUCUGCUAUUCCUUCUGUUAGAACACAAGUGCUCAGUUUUUAGUAUUAAGUAUUGAAUUGCCUUAAUAUUAUUUAAAAUUCCUUCUUAAUAGCAGUAUUGGUCUUGUCUUCCCCAUUUCUUAUAUAUUUCUGAAUGUCCUUUUUUGUGAAACUUAUUUGGUUGCCAUCAUUUCAAAAAUGUAACAUAGCAUAGCAUUUAAUGUAACACAUACAGUUAUCUAUGCUGAUGAAUUCUUUAUGGAGGAAAGGAGGAUCUUUGAAGAGUGACAUCUUAAAAAGUAUGCUGUGUCGGAGCUUGUUUUAAUUACAUGUUCAUUUGUGUUGCUUUUGAUAAAAUGUUCAGUCUAUUUGUAACUUUGUUGUAGAAAAACUAUGAAAGCCUUAAUUUUGUCAUAGUGGCCAUUUGACAAUCAAUACCAAGUUAGUUGUUGUGGUCAAUAUUUUCUACACUGUAAAAUAAUAGUGGGGUUGAAUGUAUGUGGUUUGUUAAAUUACUUUCAUAUAAUGUAAUUAGGAAAAUAAUUUGUAGAUUUAAAACUACUGCUAAUUGAGAAAAAUCACUCGCUGUGCUUUCAGACAUUUGUCUUUGCUCAACUGUGAAAUCCCUGAAGAAUGAAAACGUUUGCUUUUCUUGGUUUCUUGCUCAAGACAUUUUGUGAAAGUUUCAUAAUGGAGAAAAAAAGGUGAUAGAAAUAAAAAAAAUAAAUAAAAAGAAACAAAA